GGAAGCGUACGGAGGCUUGCAGCUGGAGGUGCCUACCUAAUCGGGCUGGUUGCACCACCACCCCGGUUUGGACCUCCCGUGCUGUCAGUCAGCCUCUCCCAGCCCCAGCCAAUCCGCGCGCCGGUGGGGCGGGCUUUGGGAUUUCGCAAGGAACAGCUGCUCCUGUUUUGCUGCGCUGAGGGAAGUGAUGCGUUUGUGGAUGCCGCAAGGGGGGGCUGCGGUGGGUCCUUGCAAGGAGGAGGAGGAGGGGGCCGGUCGGAGUGGGAAAAAGCAGUAAGCCUCUUGCAUUAAUAAGGGGGGGGCGCUUUUGCGUGUUUGAGGCCCGGGGGUCGUGGGGGGACUCGGAGAUGCUUUUGCAGAGCCGCCCCCCAGCCGCCAUCCUGGGGCUGCGGCAGCGCAUUUAAGGCCGGAUCUCCCUGGCACAGCGGGAGGGGAGAGCCAGUUGCAUGGAGGGGGCCCAGAGAGCGACGUUAAGGGCUCCCCCAACGCCCCCGCUUCUGGAUUUAGAUAUAAUUUGCAGCGGAGGGGCUCGGAAAGCGAACUAGCUGGCGAGGCGGGGGGGGCUGUUUGCACGGAGGGGAGGGCUCCGUAGCGGUCGUUUAUCGUUGCCCCUCUUCUCUUGGGAGGUUGGCGGGCAAGCCUGGGUCUGAUUUGGGGUGCCAGCCUUAAUUUUUCUCUCCCCCCCCUCGACGGUGCGCCCCCUCCUCCUCUCCGGCUGCCGCCCACCCCGAGUUGCCCGCCUGCGCUUGGGCUGCUGGCUGCGGCGGCGUCUGUGCCGAGUCCCCCUCCUUCGCCUGCCUGCUGGAUGCCCGCCGCUGCCUGUGCCCAGCUGGAGUCGUGGGCCCCCCAUGCGCCUCCCCCGCUCCUCCCCUCUAUGUUCUACGCCGGCUUGUUCUUGGUCAACCUGCUGAUCCUCUACUACGCCUUCCUGCUGGAGUACAUCGCCCUCAACGUGGGCAUCGUUUUCCUGCCCGAGGACAUGGACCAGGCCCUGGUGGAUCUCGGGGUGGUCUCCGACCCGGCUCUGGGCCUCUACGAUCUGGACAGUGAGGUGGAAGUGCUGGACGGCUACUGGGAAUAGUUGGCCCCCGGGAGCAGCCCGGCCAGGGGCACAGAGGAGCGUCACCGCCGUGCUGCGGGCAUCCCCAGAUGCUGCCAGGGUUGAGCUGGCUCAUUGCAACCCUGCAUGUGGAUGGGGGCUGGCAAGCUGGGCGUCUCCUGGUGCCCCCCCAUUGCACCCUAUCCUGGGUUUUCUGUUUGCCCUGGAAAGAAUGGGGGGAAGGCUAUGGACAUUUGGGGGGCACUACAGACAUUUGGGGGGCACCACGCUAAAGGCAGGAGAGACGGCGUGGAGGGGGAAGAGCUGCUGCUUGGGCAUGGACAGUUGGGGUGCCAAAAUUUGCACAGGCUUACCUGCACGUGUGAAAAAAGAAGCUGGAAGGCCCAGGUCAUGAAGGUGAUGGGGUGAGACAGCCUGGUCGUGAACAUGCAUCCGCUGCACAAGGAAAUGCUUCCAAAGCAACCUGGGCUCCAUAAGAGAGCCUGGCCGAGGAUGCUCCCUGUCCUCGGCUCUUGCUGUUUUUCAGGGUUUUGCUAUGACUCUGUGGGAAUUUAUUAUGCACAGCUAUCAAGAUUUGCUUAGAGAUUUUGGAAGGGCUUCCAGUCACAUAAAAACACUCUCGGAUCAUUUUCAUGCAGGACAAAACUGCCCACUCACACUCUGCAAACUUCCAGGGAACAAACAAAGAGCCAAUUCUGAUAUUAUGAAAGAGCAAGUGGGACUCUCAGGGUAGGAAUCAAAGUGCAGGAGUGGGAAACCCUUGGCCCUCUAGCUGUUGUUGAACUACAACUCCCAUCAGCCCCAGCAAGCAUGGCUAAUAGUCAGGGAUGGUGGGAGUUGUAGUUCAGCAGCAUCUGGAAAGUUCCCAACCCCUGCUAAGUGGUUGCUGGGGUGAGACAUGGCAGUGUGGUUUCAGGCAGUGGUGGUGGACUAACAGCUGUCCAGAUGUUGCUGAACUCCCAACUCACAUCAGCCCUGACCAUUGGCCACACCUGGGGGGCCGCAGGCUCCCCAUUCCUGGUUUUUAGGGGUGCCAGAAAAAUCAUUGUGAGAUCUCAGGAUUCCUUGCAACAUUGCAGAGAAUACUGAUGUGUUGCCCUUGAAUUAUGCACACAAUUAGAGAGUUGGUCCUGGCAGCUUCCAUAAUGUUGCAUGUGAUCCUGAGGUUGGAUUGUACAGCAAAGCCUCAUGGGGCAAGUGAAUUUCCUUGGGCCCAGGACUGGGUGCUUUCCCCAUGUAUCACCUGUACAACUCUCCAGCGUAUGCAAGGGAUAAAAAAAAUCUCUCCCAUGUCAAAAUUUGCCUCCACAUGGAAAGCUUAUAUGUCAUUAAAGAACCCUUCUCCCUGACAUGUUAGAUUUCCACCUGCAGGGAGAGUUGAUGUGGGAGAAAUUCCCUCACUUGCAUCCAGAGUUAUUAAUAGCCCACAGGGACUAUAGUUUGUGCUCUUCCUAAACAUGCAGAAUCUACUCUCAUCGUAACCUCGAACUGACAAUCUGCAUUUGCUGUUUAUGAGCUGUAGAUCAGGUUGCAAUUGUUUGAUUUUUUUCCCCUGAUAAAGCUUCAGGAAAACAUUUCUUAACCCUCAAAAUGUAGCCUUUUGAAGAAUUAAAAACAAAAGAAUAGCAGGGAGUGAGUGCAUCUGCCACCCAGUGUUAUGGGGAAAAAAGUUAUUUUGUAAGUAUUUUUGUAAUUUUGGAAAAAGGAAGGGGGUCUUGUUAAUUAUCAUGCUAUUUUGGAAAGUGUUCAAAUGCAGUUCUUAUGUUUAAAAAAAAGAUGUAAAAAGCAAUAUAUUGAUAACUACUCUUUCAAAUACACAAGUAUGCAGGUCAGCUGACUGGGAAUGUUGUAUGUUCAUUUACU